AUGUUUUCUAGUUUUUAAAUUUUAUAAAAUCUACGUAAUAUUGAACAGAAACUAAUAAUUGGAAUAAUUUAAUUGAUAAUAUAUAAUAUAUUAAUAAAUAAUGAUUUUAUUUUAGUUUUAUUAAGAACUUUUUUAUUUUUUUUACAGAAUUUAAUUUUCUUUAAAUUAGAAAAAACUGAAAGAAAUAAUUUUUUUGAGUUAAAAAGUGAAAAUAAGAAUUUUUAUUAAAUCUAAAAAUUAAUUCACGAAAAAAUUUAAUGCGGAGUACUCGUUAUAACAAAUGAAGAUAAAAAUUUAAAAGUUUAAUUCGCAAAUAAAAUUCUUCUUUAGUAAUUUUAAAUUGAUUCAGAUGAUAAAAUUUUGGAAAAACUAAAGGAAAUUUAAAUAAAAAAGGAAGGCGAAAAAGGUAGUUUCUAUGAAAAAAUAAGUGUAUAUUUGUCAAAAUAAGGUUGUUAUAUUUAAGAAAACCAUAUUUUUUAAUUAAAAUAGAAUUUAUAAUAUAAAAAUAUAUUAAAAAAUUCAUUAAAUAUAAUAGAAAAUUCAAUAAAUAAUGCAUGCUUAAUAUAAAAGACUUAAAGAAAAUUAGAAAAGAAUUCCUAAAGUGAUUUUUCUUAUGAUUUUUUUAAAGAAGAUAUUAAUGAAAAAAGUUUUGAUUUUAAAUUGAAUUAUUCUUUUUGGGAAGAAAAACCUUGCUUAGUUAUUUUAAUAAGUGAUUCUAUGUAAAAAAUCAUAAAUAAAAAAAUAUAAGAAAUCGAGAAAUAUAAAGAAUAAUUACUCUAUAUGAUAUCCCAUAUUAGUAAGACUCCACUCAAUUCAAUUAUCAAUAUGUCCGAGGUGCUUCUUUAUUAAUUUACGAAAGAAGAAUUAGAAGAAAAGAGGCAAGAUUUUGUCCAAAAUCUACAUAUUAUUAAAAAUAAUGGACUUAUUUUGCUUUAUUCCAUUUAUAAUAUAACUGACUUAUCUCAAAAUAUUGAUGUUAAUGUCGAGAAAUUCGAUUUUAAGUCUAUUAUAGGGGGUAUAUUGGAUAUUUAUUUAUAUUAGAUAGGUGAAAAGAGUCUAUAAGUGAAGUAAAAAUACGAAAUUAUUGAGAUUUAAAACGAUAAAAAGCGAUUAAUGUAAGUACUUUUUGAAAUAGUUGGAAAUGCAAUAAAAUAUACACAAAAAGGGAGAAUUUAGAUUCAAACAAAAAAUGAAAACGAGCAUCUUUUUUGGAUAAAAAUAUCGGAUACAGGGUAGGGCAUUUCAUAAAAUAUUUAAAAUAAAAUGUUUAAUUUUUUGAAAAAAAAUCACUCUAAUUAAGAACAUUAAAUAGACUAAUUUAGCCAUAAAUCAUUUGCAGGUUUAGGCUUAGAAUUUACACGAAAAAUAGCAGGCAUUUUAGGACCUUUUGAUAAGGUUUUUAUUAAUUCAGGGGUAAAUAAGGGUGCUUCUUUUAAAUUUUUGAUUUAUAAAAAUUACUAGAAUAGAGAGAUGGUGAAUAUUAAGAAUUUAAAGAGAAAAAUUAUGUAAGAUUUAAAUGAGAGAAAUGAGGAAAUACUUACUCCGGAUUAUGUUUAGAUUAAUAAAAGGAAUAAAUAAUUAUUUACUUGCUAAAACAUAGGAUAUUUGUAAAAAAAAUAAAGGUUUUUAAGAUUUUCUUAAGAUCUUAAAGUCGAGAAAUAUUAAAUUGAUUAAAAGAGUAAAUUUAAGAAAAGCAAUGAAGUUCAUAAAGUGAAAGAUUCAUUUAUAAUGGAGAAAAUUAAUGAGAAUUAAAUAAAUAGUUUAGAGAAAAUAAAAUUUCUUAAAGAAGAUGAUUUAAAUUCAGUAAAAUUUCCUUAUUAAAAUUUAACAAAAGAAAAUGAUUUAAAAAAAAUCGAAAAUAAAGAUUUAACUUUUAAAAAAAUUAAAACUAAACAUUAUUUUAAUUAAUAAUCUUUAAAAAAAACCACUUUUUUAAAACAAUAAAGUGAUAUGGAUAAUAUAUAUAAUUAAUUAAAUUAAAUAUUUUAAUAACCAUCAUAUAUAUUGGCUACAGAUGAUACUCCUUUUAAUUUAUUUGUAUUAGAAAAAUCUCUUGAAAAAUGCAAGAAUAUAAUUUUUCAUAAAGCCAAUAGUGGUAAAUAAUGUAUUGAAUAAGCCCUUUUAUUAAAAUUAAAACAUUAAAAAGACUAUAUGUUAUAUUUUAUGGACAUAUAAAUGCCUGAUAUGGAUGGAUAUUAAAGUUUUAAAUAGCUUUAGGUACUUAUGGAUAGUUAAUAGAUUAAAUAAGCACCUGUUUUUGCACUUACAGCAUUUUCAGAAGAGAAACAGAAGUGUCUUUAGUCAGGCAUGUAAGGGUUUAUUGAAAAACCUUAUUUAUUAAAGGAUCUUGUGGAAAUAUUAUACAAUUAUUUUGUUAUUAAUAUUAUUUAUAAUUAAUAAAAUACAAAAAAUUGA